CUUCCUCUCGACCACAUUGGUAGUUCUUCAGUGUAUUGUUCUGCAGUGAAAACUCGCUUAUUGGAGACAAUGUCUGAUCAUUUCAACCUGGCAUAUUUUCUAGAAAGCAGUGAGGCUGCUACCUUUGAUGUGGACGAUCUGAUCUUUGAUGGCGUCAACUUCUCAGAAGCAACUGACUUCUACGCCAACGACUCCUGCAGCAGCGUGAAAGAGGGCCGGCAGUUUGAGGCGGUCUUCAUCCCGGUUCUGUACUCGGUGGCUUUGGUGGUGGGCAUCCCAGGGAACGCGGUGCUCCUGGGGGUCCUGGCUCGCAGCAGGAAGAACUGGAGUGUGACGGACACCUUCAUUCUCCACUUGGCUGUGGCUGAUGUGCUGCUGCUGCUCACGCUGCCCUUGUUGAUGGCCCAGGACGCCCAAGGAGCGGGGUGGACGUUUGGUACUCCUCUCUGCAAGAUCACGGGUUCGGUUUUCACGAUCAACUUCUAUUGUGGAAUCUUCCUGCUGGCCUGCAUCAGCCUGGACCGCUACCUUUCCAUCGUCCACGCCACCCAGAUGUACUCGCACAGGAAACCCCACUUCAUCCAGGCCAGCUGCUCGGCCGUAUGGCUUCUUUCGCUCUUCCUUUCUCUCCCCGACUGGAUCUUCCUGGAAGCCCUGAAAGACGCCCGACGAGACAAAACCGAAUGCGUCCGCAACGUCUCCGAGUCCUGGAGUCUGGCCUUGCGCCUCGUCUACCACCUCGCCGGCUUCCUGGUGCCGUCCUUGGUCCUGGUCUUCUGCUACUCGUGCAUCCUGCGCCGGCUGCGCUGCGGCUCACAGGGCCUCCAGAAACAAAAGGCCUUCAGGGUCAUCGCCGCCGUGGUGGUGGUCUUCUUCGUCUGCUGGAUGCCGUACAACGUCACACUAAUGGUAGACACCGCCUUUUCAGAGGACGCCGGCCGGAGUUGUGAGUUCAGAGCGUCGCUGGGGAAGGCCAUGAUCAUCACCCCCACCGUCGGUUACCUCCAUUGCAGCCUCAACCCUGUCUUGUAUGCUUUUGUGGGGAUCAAGUUCCGUCGUCAGCUCCAGGACAUCCUGAGGCUGAUGACCUGCAAACCCAAAGAGAGCAUCAAACUCCAGUCGGCAGUGGGCAGCAGGAGAAGCUCCUUUUGGUCCAACUCUGGGGACACCUCCAACUCCCUGGCGAUCUGAGACAGAAGCAUGCACAGACCUUCGUCUUUCUUCUACGGUCGUUCUUCUUUAAUGUAGUCUGGGCUUCACACAGUCUUAGAUCUCUUCUUUAAGAUCUUUUUUUGUAUAGCUAUGUAAAUUGAAUGUCUUACUGUACAUUUAAACCGACAACUGUACAUACAAGUAUGUCAUUCUGUAUAUUGAGCUAUGGUUUAUACGGUUGCUCAACGAUUUUUAAAACUGUUGUACCACU